CGGCAAGACGAUUGAUAAAAUGACGAAGAUUGGAAUUAACGUUGACAAAACGUGAAACAAACAAGCACAGUCAAAACAUAUGAGGUAAAAAGGGAAAAAAAUAGUAUACAAGUCCAUGUACACCCACGAUAUAUAGUAGACAAACGGCGGUCGCCCACCACACCUGUGUAAAGGCUCUUUGAAAGUCUACCCAUCUUUGAAUAUGCAAAUCAUCCAAGCAGCAUCUAUUCUUGUUGCCCUCACGGCCGCUCCGGUCGUUGCCGGCAAUCGCUUCUUCUCCCCUGGUUCGUCGCUAGCCAUCCGUAACAGCUGUACGUUCAAUAUCCACGUAUGGCGACAGACGGAUAAGUUGGAAAAGCUCCCCGUGAUUGGGCCCAACAUCACCAUGUCGGCGACAUGGGAGCCACAGCAACGUGCUCAGCGCGUCAGCUACAUCUUCAGUCGCGAGGAGAAGCCCAAGACGGAGCGUGUUUUCCUAAACUAUCUGUCCAAGAGCUCCAAGGACAAAAUAGGUGGCAAUGCCCACUUAUAUUCCGACUUGAAGAACCCCUUUGAGGGCACCAGAGCUUCCCUGAGCAUGUCUGCCGCGCGUAUCGGCACGGUCUCGACGAGCGCCGCAGCAGCCGCUGGCAUGCGCAUUGGCGCCUGGGUCUCUCGAAAGGAGAACGAAGACGAUGAUUUUGUGGAAAACAAUGAAUUCGUCAGUUUUGGUGCAGAAUCGAUUGCUCUCGGCGCAGAGUUCUGCUCCUCAGCCGGCGAGCAGAUCGAAUGGCUGAUGGGGGCAACGUCCGAGGACUCGUGGGAGGUGCUAAAUGCUAUGGAGGAGAAGACGUUUAGCGACAAGGGUCUCAUGGAGAUAAAGGGCAAUGCUAUUUAAAUGAAAAUAGCGAAUAAUUAUUUUUACGCAUCAAGGGUAUAGGCCGGAUGAUAACUUGCAACUUCCUAUAGCUUAGCUUGUACGAGACCUUUACUGAACUAUUCAUCAGAGGCUUGAG